CUCCCAAACAGGGACUGUGGAAGUUUCGGUUGAUUUGAAUCGGGGAGGGAGGCCGGCUACAGGCGCAAUGCCCAAGAACUGCACGGUCACCGAUUGCUCUCGGCAUGCGGGCCAGCUGGCGGCCGACAACCGGAGGAUCAGCUUCUACAAGUUUCCAUCGAAUGACAAGGAAAGACUCGCACAAUGGCUUUCCAAUAUGAAAAGAGAGAAAUGGGUUCCAUCUCAGUACCAGUACAUCUGCAGUGAGCAUUUUACUCCUGACAGCUUUGAAUGGAGGUGGGGGACACGAUAUUUGAAGGCAGAUGCUGUACCUACAAUUUUUUCUUUUCCGGAGCAGCCUACGAAAAGGAAAGUUCUUGCUCGAUCAAAUGGGAAUAAACGGCAAAAAAAGAGGUUCGAAACUCAAAGCAACGAAGAAGAAACGACGCCACAAAUGCAAACUGUUCCAGUUCUGUCACCUGCAUUGAGUGAACCAAAUGCAUUUGCAAUGUUAGUCAUGUCAACAGAAUCAACUCUGUCAUCACAGACAACUCUAUCAGCUUCAGUGACUGAACUGGAUAAGGUAGCUAUGUCUUCUGUCAGUGCCUGUGUUGAAUCGAUGUCUGAAGCAAUUAUACCAUCUGCUGAAUCUUUACCGAAUGCGGCAGUGAAUUCCUUUGGGUUGCUACAGAUGGACAAAGGCAAAUCCCCUGAAUCUGUAUUAACGGAGCCAUCAGUGUUGCCUUUUGAAAAUGUUGCAGCUAUUGAAACUGUUCCACUCACACCAGCAUUGGCAUCUGUUGAAACUGUAGAAACUUCUGCAAUUUUGCCAUCAGUUGAAACUUUACAGCUUCUGCCAGCACAGAUUUGCGAGGAACCAGAACCAACAUUAACAUUUAUAGAAAUUGUGCUACCGGCAACGCAAGAUAUUGAAAACCUGACAUCUUUCCAGCCAGAGCCUCCAACGCCAGUCCCUUCUCCAAAGACGUCCAUUUUUGAGGAUAUAACUGCUUUAACUGUCGUAUCAACUUAUCAAACAUUAUCACUUACCAAUGUGUCUUCUCAGACAUCACCCAUAUUACUGACUGCAGCAUCUGAACCUUUGAAAAGAGUGUCUGGCUUUGAAACGCUACUGUCGUUGCCCUCUGCCCUCCUCGUACCAAUUAUGUCAACUCUACCAAUCAUGCAAAGCCAUGCAGUUAAGCCCCCUGGGCCAGUUAUUGCAGCUGUCGAAACAGUUACGCCCGCGCUACCCGAUCUACCGGAAGUACAAGGUGAACAUUCAUACUACAAAAGUGACCUUACCACCGAACAACUUGAAGGGAUCAUUACCAACCUGCAAAAAAAGGUGAAAGUUAUACAGCAACGUGAGAGGAGGAACUCAGCCCGGCUGAAAGCCAUGGAAAAUCUUGUGGACCAACUGAAAAAGGAAAAUGUUCUUUCCGAGGAGAAGCUGAAGAUAAUGGAGAUGGUUGGGGCUGGGGGCACCCUGAACCACCAUAUAAGGAUGUCAGAGAUUAGGUUUCAACCCAUGCAUAGUAUUGGAUCUAGGUUGUCACAAUCUCUCUCAUUUAUUCAAAGAUGAGGUGUUGGAGACCUACUCACAGAAUAAUGCUCAAGUGAUUAAUCCCUCCAGUACUCUCACGGUUGUUUGUGAAGACAAUGGCACUAUAAUUUAUGCACUUCAACAGUCACCAAAUGAAGAUGGUGAUGCUCUUUGAGGAAGAUGUUC